AUGACAGAUAAUAAUAAUAAUAGAUCUGCCAUGCCCAAAAAUUAUACUAGGCUCAUUUUUAACCAGUUGUUAAAAUCAGAUCUAUCUUUUAAAAAUUUUAAAUUAUUAAAAAAAAUUAUUAGUAUAAUUGGACUUACUACUUUUGUAAAAGUUAAAACGUUUCGAAAUCAAAAUACUAAUAGUAAAAAUCUAAUGAAAUAUUUAGUUUUAAAUUACACUUUAUUAAUUGUUGCAUACCCAUUAAUUACGAAAUAUUUUUUGAAAAAAAUUAAUCCUAGGGUGAAAAGUAAUUUACUUUUUAUUUUCUUAUUCAAAAAUCUAUCGAAAUCCAAUGUAUCAACUACUAAUAUUAAUUCCUCAGCUAAAUUAAUAGACAGUAUAUUGAAUUAUUUAGGCUCAUACAUCGUGAAUGACACGCUUUGGGAUAUCUUUUAUCGUACGGUAAAUGAUAUUAAUAACAACAUUAGUCGUAAAUUUGCUUCUGUCAAUACUAAUGAUAAUUGGUGGAAAUAUUUACUUGGAAAUUAUUUAAUAAUAAUCAACUAUAAUGACCUAUUGGUUCCGAAAAACAAACUAGGGUUUUUUUUAAAAAGGUUUAUGAGUAAUGUUGAUGAUAAAUUUGGAGUUCUAAUAGAUGUUGUUUUCUUAUAUCUAUUUCAGAUACUUUAUAUCAAGUUAUGGAAGGAGAAAAUACUAAUCAAACUUUGGAAACCCAAAAAGAUAAAUGUUAUGCAGCAACAAAAAAAGAAUAAAGAUAAACAGGUACCAUCAAUGACUCAAAUUUUCAACACUAGUAUAUCCACAAAGCCUACAACUGAUACACAUACUAACACCAAGAGUGAUAGGUAUGGAAUUGAUUUUUUGAUAACGAGUGUACAAUGGUGUGUCUUAAAAAAUGUUUUCCAUACUUUAAUGUCAAGAAAAUUUUCUCAAUUAAAAAAAUACCAAAAGUUUCUAUUAUUAAAUUUAAUAUUUUAUUUGUUAAAUGGUAUUAAAAAAUUUGAGAUUAACAACUCGUUCUUAAAAAACCUGACAAGAGUUGUCAUUAACAUAUAUUUCAAUAAAACCAAUAACAAAAACAAUUAUUGUGGCAACUCUAUUAAGAAUAAUAAAAAGCUUAUUAAAAAUUUGAUUAUUUUAUUGUUUACUAAUGUUUAUAUGUAA